GUCUCUAUGUCGGCAGUACUUUCUUUCCCCCGUUGUCUCGUUGCCCCGGAGUCCCGGAAGUAAGUGCGAAGCGGAAUGGCGGAAAGUCCAGCGGCUGAAGCGAUUAUUCUCCCAGGGGCUGCGGCAGGCGGCGGGGUCGUUCCUCAUCUGAGCGGCCUCCAGACACCCGGGACGUCUCUUCUAACCACCUCCUCCGUGUGGGACCCCUCGGCCAGCGCUGACUGGGAUAAUGAGAGGGCUUCCACUCAGUGUGUGCUGCGGAUAAAGAGGGAUAUCAUGUCCAUUUAUAAAGAGCCGCCCCCUGGGAUGUUUGUGGUGCCUGAUCCUCACGACAUGACAAAGAUCCAUGCGCUCAUCACUGGCCCGUUUGACACCCCUUAUGAAGGUGGUUUCUUCUUGUUCCUGUUCCGCUGUCCCCCAGACUACCCAAUACACCCACCCCGGGUUAAGCUGAUGACAACGGGGAAUAAUACCGUGAGGUUUAACCCCAAUUUCUACCGCAAUGGCAAGGUCUGCCUGAGUAUUCUAGGAACUUGGACAGGACCUGCAUGGAGUCCAGCUCAGAGUCUGUCGUCAGUGCUCAUUUCUAUCCAGUCUCUCAUGACGGAGAAUCCCUAUCACAAUGAGCCGGGCUUUGAGCAGGAGAGGCACUCGGGGGACAGCAAGAACUACAAUGAGUGCAUUCGGCAUGAGACCAUUCGGGUAGCGGUUUGUGAGAUGCUGGAGGGCAAGUGCCAGUGUCCUGAUGCAUUAAGGAGUGUAAUGGAAAAAUCAUUUAUGGAAUAUUAUGACUUUUAUGAAGCAGUUUGCAAAGAUAGAUUUCACCUACAAGGGCAAAACAUGCAGGAUCCAUUUGGAGAGAAGCGAGGUCACUUUGAUUAUCAGUCUUUGCUGAGCCGCCUGCAGACCAUUCACCAGAGAGUGAGGGAGAAGCACCGGAGAGAGACUGUGGAUAUAGACUCUGACUCCAGCUCCUCAGAGACAGAAACAGACACACAGGGAAGCUCAAACCCUUAAAUCUACGGGGACGUCACUGUGUAGCACUUGCUGUGUCCUCACUUCAGACUGUUAUUUUAGCGAGUAUCAUGACAAGAUAGGACCUUGUUGUUACACGGAGCCUCAUUGCCUUGGAUGCUGUACGGACGCAGCGAAGAGCGAACACUCUAAUUGUUACGGAGACAAUGGCGGGGGGAUAAAGCUUUUGUGGAACGGAUUCCGAAUCAUGGCAUUUGGAUUGCUCACCAGAGCUGCAGCACUUUGUUAUAAUAUGAGAUUCUUCUCUCCUCUCUGCAGAAUACUCAUGUGUUGCUCCCCACAAGCCAAAGAGUUUGACGGUGGGAGAGCAGGAUCCAGCCACGUGAUCUCAAGCGCGCGACAAAUGCCUUUUUUUUUUUUUUUUGUCAGAUUUGCCAGAAUCCACUACUUUUUAAUUUGCUUUUUCACCCCCACGAAAAGAAAUGCACUUUGUCUUGUGCCCUCUGGGCUUUGUCUAUAUAGAUGUUGUACGUAGAUGUUUGCUAUGGGAAUCAGCCAAGGCUUCUAAAGUCAUAAAGGGGUUGUUCACCUUUAAAGUAACUGUUAGUAUGAUGUAGAUAGCGAUAUUCUGAGACUAUUUGCAAUUGGUUUUCAUUUUUUAUUAUUUGUGGUUUUCGACUUUAGCUUUUUAUUCAGCAGCUUUUUAGUUUGCCGUUUCAGAAAUCUGGUUGCUAGGGUUCAAAUUCCCCUAGCAACCAUACACUGAUUUGAAUAAGAGACUGGAAUAUGAAUAGGAGAGGCCAGAAUAGAAAGAUGAAAGAUUUCAGCAGGCAUCUGGUUGUUAGGGUUCAAAUUCCCCUAGCAACUAUGCACUGAUUUGAAUAAGAGACUGGAAUAUGAAUAGGAGAGGCCUGAAUAGAAAGAUGAAAGAUAUCUGGUUGCUAAGGACCAAAUUCCCCUAGCAACCAUGCACUGAUUUGAAUAAGAGACUGGAAUAUGAAUAGGAGAGGCCUGAAUAGAAAGAUGAGGAAUAAAAAGAAGCAAUAACAUUAAAUCUGUAGUCUUAUAGAGCAUUUGAUUUGAAGGCUGGAAAGAAUCAGAAGAAAAUAACUCAAAAAGUAUAACACAUAAAUAAUUAGAAUCCACUAUUUUGAAUUCGGCCGAUCCCCCGAAUCCUUCACGAUUCGGCCGGAUACCGAACUAAAUCCGAUUCCUAAUUUGCAUAUGCAAAUUAGGGGUGGGAAGGGGAAACAUUGCCAAAAACGUGACAAAAACUUGCGCAAUUUCCUUCCCCGCCCAUAAUUUACAUAUGCAAAUUAGGAUCCGGUUCAGCUGGGCAGAAGGAUUUGGCUGAAUCCAAACCCUGCUGAAAAAGGCCGAAUCCUGGAUUUGGUGCAUCCCUAUAAAUAAUGAAGCCCAAUUGUAAAGUAGCUACGAAUUGGACAUUCUAUAAUAUACUAAAAGUUACCUCAAAGGUGAACCACCCCCCCUUUAAUAUUGCUACAAUUAGGGUGGUGUUUCCAUUGAGCUUGCAAUCCUUUGUGAUGGGUUGACUAGAGCUGGCAGUGAGUGUGUUCAGCCUGUUUUCUGUCUUUGUGUCAGCCUAAUGCAAUUCUACAUCGGAGAUAUGGGGACAAGGAGCAUUUAGGGGUUUCUCUUCUAAAAGAAAACAAAGGGAUUUUGGAUCAGAAACCUUGAUUUUGUCUCUGGUCCUUUUUUUUUUAAAGCAUGUCAUUGUUUUGGUUACAAAUUAUAAAUGUGGACGUGGCUUUGCAGUGGCCCAGAUCACAGAAUUAAAUGUUGGAUCUUU